AGGAUGAGAGAGACGUUUCCUUCAGGGUUAAGAAAAGGAAGAAGAUUGUUAUUUAAUCUUUCUUCCGUAGAUUGUUAUUUAAUCUUUCUUCCGUAGAUUGUUUUAUUCACAUAAACCAACCAGACAGAAAAAAAAAACAGCAAGACAAAGAUGUUCAAACCUAUGAGUUUCGACAAUGAAGUUGAACUUUUUGGAGAUUCGAAGCUGAUCAACGAAGGCUCUUCGAUUCAGCUGACAAACUCUGUGAGUGGAAGCGAGGGAAGAGUCGUUUACAAGGAACCCAUCAAUCUUAGCAACUCGUUAUCUUUCUCGAGUUACUUCUCGUUUUCCAUGCCUAAUGAGACCGAUGACGUCAUGGCUUUUGUAAUGGUUCCAACUAGUUUGGAUCUUGAUCUCUUCGGUAAGAAAGACAACAGUUCAUCUGCCUUAGGGUUUCUGUUUGAGCAUGCAAAGAACGAGACGGUUGUGGCUUUUGAGUUUGAUAUUUCCAAUAGAGGAAACCGUGCGAGAAUCUUGUUAGGUAAACCUGAAUCUUCUGAAGUUAGAAACCUUUCGUUUGAGGGUGACUUGUUGAUGAUGGAGAAUGGAGGGACGUUGAGCUGUAUGAUUGAUUAUGAGGCGAGUUUGAAGAGAAUGAUGGUUCGGUUCAGAAAACUAGGCACGAGGAAGAUGUUGGAUCCGUUCUUUGAUUUCUCUGUAGACUUGGGGGAGCUAUGGAACCGUGGUGAGUUCAUGGUGGGUUUAAGCUCUACGAAUGGGAACUCUUCCGAGGCACAUGUUCUCCAUUCAUGGAACUUUGACAUAAGGCAUCCAACGCCGGUGUGUCUUCCUCCUCCUAUGUGGAUGCAUCCUCAGCCGAGUGAACCUUUUGAAGGAUGAAACUUUCAUAUGCGGGGAAGAGGGUCCAGAGGGAAGUGCGAGUAUGUAGAGAGUGCUUGGUGCAUUUUGGGUGCAGUAUGUUGAGCAUUAGGGAGUAAUAUGCUAUGAUUAAUGAAGUGAGGAAUGUGCUAUGAGCAUUAGGGAGUAAUAUGCUAUGAUUAAUGAAGUGAGGAAUGUGCUAUGAGCAUUAGGGAGUAAUAUGCUAUGAUUAAUGAAGUGAGGAAUGUGCUAUGAUUAAUGAAGAGCGAAAGUAGUGAAGAGUUUUGUGUUGUUUAAGAAGCUUGUCUUGUGUUUGUGGUGUGAAUGUAGAGUCUUCUUCUGCUUUUUCUUGUGUUGUCUUUCUAUCAAGUGUUACUUAUGUUUCUGGUUUCAUAUGUAAAAUAGCUAUGAGAAGAAGCCAUAAGCUUAUUGAUACCGUGAAGUUUACUUUGUUGUUGAUGUUUUUCUUGA